AUGGAGGGGAGCAGAGCAAGGCCCGGCGGGGCGGCCUAUGAGCGCCUCACUGCAGAGGAGAUGGAUGAACAGAGGCGGCAGAAUGUUGCCUAUCAGUAUCUCUGCCGCCUGGAAGAGGCCAAACGUUGGAUGGAGGCCUGCCUGAAGGAAGAGCUGCCUUCUCCGGUGGAGCUGGAGGAGAGCCUUCGAAAUGGGGUUAUUUUGGCCAAAUUAGGACACUAUUUUGCCCCCGAUGUGGUUCCUUUCAAAAAGAUCUAUGAUUUGGAGCAAAUGCGGUAUAAGGCAAAUGGCCUGCAUUUCCGUCACACUGAUAACAUCAACUUCUGGCUGACUGCAGCAUCUCACAUUGGCCUACCUAAGACUUUUCUUCCUGAGACUACAGACAUCUAUGACAAGAAGAACAUGCCACGGGUGGUUUACUGUAUCCAUGCCCUGAGUCUCUUCCUCUUCCGAUUGGGAUUGGCACCUCAGAUCCAUGACCUGUACGGUAAAGUAAAAUUUACAGAGGAGGAGCUCAACAACAUGACCUCAGAGCUGGCUAAGUAUGGGCUGCAGCUGCCAGCAUUCAGCAAGAUUGGGGGCAUCCUGGCUAGUGAGCUCUCUGUGGAUGAGGCUUCUGUCCAUGCUGCCGUCCUUGCCAUCAAUGAAGCAGUGGAGAAGGGGGUGGUGGAAGACACUCUUGCUGCACUGAAGAACCCCAAUGCCAUGUUGGGGAACCUCCGGGAGCCCUUGGCUGCUGUUUACCAGGAGCUGCUAGCCCAAGUGAAGAUGGAAAAAAUCGCCAACUCCAGGAACUGGGAUGAUGGAGAGAGCCACGACAUCUACGACCGAUAUCUGACUCAGGCGGAAAUACAGGGCAAUAUCAACCAAGUCAACGUUCAUGGAGCUCUGGAGGCUGUUGAUGAAUCUCUGGAAAGACAGAACUCUGGGGCCUUGCUCGAAGCCCUCUGUGACUCAGCUUUGGCCCUUCGAGGAGUGAGGAGGGAUUUUGGUGACUGGUACCUGGAACAACUGAGUUCAGACAGAGAACAGAAAGCGCUGGAGCUGGGCUUGGUAGAGCUCCUGGAGAAGGAGGAGGUCCAGGCUGGUGUGGCUGCAGCCAAUGCUAAAGGCGAUCAGGAACUUGCCAUGCUCCAGGCUGUGAGACGGAUCAAUAGAGCCAUCCGGAGAGGGCUGGCCGCAGAUACAGUGAGGGAGCUCAUGUGCCCUGAAGCCCAGCUGCCUGAGGUGUACCCCUUUGCUGAAUCCAUGUACCAGCAGGAACUAAGUUUGAUUCAGCGGCAACAAGAAGGGGAACUGGCUCAGGAGGAACUCUUUGUGGCUUUGGAGAUGCUCUCUGCUGUUGCCCUGAUUAAUCGGUACCUGGAGGCAGGGGAUGCUGGGGGCUUCUGGAACAGUCUGGUGAGCCCAGCUUUGGGCCUGGCUGAAGUGGAUGGAGAGAAUGCCCAACGUUAUUUUGAUGUCCUGGGAAGGCUGUGGCAGGAACGGAAUGGGGCCGGGGCCUUCCUGAGCUGGAAUGACUUGCAGGCCGCUGUGAGCCAAGUCAAUGGUCAGGUCCAGGAGGAGACAGAGCAGAUCCUCGCAGUCAGUCUCAUCAAUGAAGCCCUGGAUCAGAGAAAACCAGAGAAGACCUUGACUGCCCUACUGUUGCCCUCCGCCGGCCUGGAUAAUAUCACUCCCCCUGUUGGCCCCCUGUACCACCAUAUCCUGACCUCUGCUAAGAGAAAGAAGGCCCAGGUAACAAAGGACCCUGGAGCUGUGCUGUGGUUGGAGGAGAUCCGCCAGGGAGUGGCCAAAGCUAAUCAGGAGACAGAAGCAGCUCAGAAGAUGGCCCUUGGAGUGGCUGCCAUCAACCAAGCCAUCAAGGAGGGGAAGUCAGCCCAGACAGAACGGGUAUUACGUAACCCAGCCGUGGCCCUCUAUGGGGUGGUCACAGAAUGUGCCCGUGACUACCAGAAGGCAUUGCAGGAAACCAUGGAAAGGAAGAAACAACCAGAAAACAAGCUCUUCUGGGUCCAGCACCUGAUGAAGGACGGCAUUGCCUACUACUUCCACCUGCAGACUUUCCAGGGGACCUGGGAACGCCCUCUUGAUUGUAUCCUAAAUACUUCCCACCUCACUCGUGAAGAGAUCCAGGCAGCAAUCACAACAGUUACUGCCGCCCAUGACCGACACCAGCUUUGGAGUGCCAAUGUUGGUUUUAUCGUCCAGCUCCAGGCCCGAAUGCGGGGCUUCCUUGUUCGGCAGGAGUUUGCCAAGCAUUCCCACUUCCUAAAGACCCGGCUCCCAGCCAUUAUCAAGAUUCAGGCUCAUUGGAGAGGUUACCAGCAGAGAAAGAUCUACCAAGAACGGAUGAGGUUCUUAAAGGCAAAUGUGGCUUCUGUGAUGAAGAUCCAGGCCUGUGCCCGGAUGUGGGUGGCUCGGAAGAGAUAUCGAGAAAGACUAAAUUUUUUCCAAGAGAAUAUUAAUUCAGUUGUGAAGAUCCAGGCAUUUUUCCGAGCCAGGAGAGCCCGGGAUGACUACAGGAUGCUGGUCCACGAUCAGCACCCCCCUCUCAGUGUGGUGUGUCGAUUCGCCCACCUCCUGGACCAGAGGCAGCAGGAUUUCUGGGAAGAGGCUGAGCUGCUGAAGCUACAGGAGGAGGUGGUCAGGAAAAUCCGGUCCAACCAGCAACUGGAGCAAGACCUCAACCUGAUGGACAUCAAGAUCGGUCUGCUGGUGAAGAACAGAAUCACACUGCAGGAGGUUGUUUCACACAGCAAGAAGCUGACCAAGAAGAACAAGGAGCAUCUGUCAGACAUGAUGGUGCCGGACAGGCGGAAAGGAUUAAAGUCACUGAGCAAAGAGAAACGGCAGAAAUUGGAGGCCUACCAACACCUCUUCUACCUGCUCCAGACACAGCCCAUCUACCUGGCCAAACUGAUCUUCCAGAUGCCGCAGAACAAGACCACAAAAUUUAUGGAGUCAGUCAUUUUCACCCUGUACAAUUAUGCCUCUAAUCGCCGAGAAGCCUACCUCCUUCUCCAGCUCUUUAAGACUGCCCUCCAGGAGGAAAUCAAAUCCAAGGUUGAACAGCCCCAAGAUGUGGCAAUGGGCAACCCGACGGUAGUCAAGCUAGUGGUUAGCUUCUACCGAAAUGGCCGGGGACAGAGCGCGCUUCGGGAGAUCCUGGGCGGGGUGAUCCAGAGUGUCCUGGAGGACAGGACGCUCAGUGUCCACAUGGACCCCAUUCACCUCUAUAAGACCUGGAUCAACCAGAUGGAAGCCCAGACUGGGCAGCGGAGCUACCUCCCCUAUGAUGUCACCCCUGAGCAGGCCCUGAGUCAUCCUGAGGUCCAGAGACGGAUGGACAUCUCCCUACGAAGCCUUCUUUCUGUGACAGAGAAGUUUCUUGCGGCUAUCACCUCAUCCGUGGACCAGAUCCCGUAUGGGAUGCGUUAUGUUGCAAAGGUCCUGAAGACUUCCCUGGCUGAGAAGUUUCCCAGUGCUACAGAAAGUGAGAUCUGUAAGGUAGUAGGGAACCUCUUAUACUACCGAUUCCUGAACCCAGCUGUGGUAGCCCCUGAUGCCUUCGACAUCGUGGACCUGGCGGCAGGUGGGGCCCUAACAUCCUCCCAGCGCCACGUCUUGGGGGCUGUAGCCCAGCUCCUCCAGCAUGCUGCAGCCGGCAAGCCCUUCUCUGGGGAGAAUGGGCACCUUCGGGUUCUGAACUCCUACCUGGAGGAGACACACCUCAAGUUCAGGAAGUUUAUCUGCAAAGCCUGCCGGGUACCAGAGCCUGAGGAACGCUUCACCAUGGACCAGUACUCAGAUAUGGUGGCUGUGGCCAAACCUAUGGUCUACAUCACUGUGGGAGAGCUCAUUAACACUCACAGGCUGUUACUGGAACAUCAGGACUCAAUUGCACCAGAUCACCGGGACCCUCUGCACGAGCUCUUGGAAGAUCUGGGGGAGCUGCCUACCAUCCUAGCCCUGAUAGGAGAGAAUUUGGCUUCGGAUGGGAACCCGGACAUGAGCCAGCUGGAAAUAUCCCUGACGCUCACCAACAAAUUUGAGGGCCUGGAGACUGACCCUGAGGACACUACCGUCAAGACCCUCUUGCUGAGCACCAAGCAGAUGUUGGUUGAUAUCCUCCAGUUCCAGGCAGGAGAUUCCCUUCAGGAAAUCCUGUCUCUUUCACCAUCAGGAGAACAGGAAACUGCCCAUCGCUUACUGAUGUCCCGACGCCAAGCCUUUGAGGCCCAGACCCCAGAGCCACUGAAACGCCGUCGAUCCCUGGCUGCCCAGUCCCUCUUGUCGAUAAGAGAAAAGCAACGGAGAGUCCUGAAGAACCUGCGUCACCUUGAGAGUCUGGGACUUGUGACUUCUGCUGACAGCUACCAGGGGCUGGUGGAUGAAAUAGCCCAGGAUAUUCGAAACCAGCGCCGUUACCGGCAGAGGAGAAGAAUAGAGCUGGUGAAGCUUCGGGCCACCUUCCAGGGCCUACAGGCCAAGACGGCCUUCUACGAGGAGCAGGGCGACUAUUACAACCAAUAUAUUCGCACCUGUCUGGACAACCUGGCCUGCGGCAACAAGAAUGACAAAAGGGGGAAGAAACAGCCAUCUCUGCGCUAUACUGCUGCCCAGCUGUUCGAAAAGGGAGUCUUGGUGGAAAUUGAGGACUUGCCGGUCACUCAUUUUCGCAAUGUCAUCUUUGACAUCAUUCCCGGGGAAGAGGCAGGAAAGUUUGAGGUGAAUGCCAAAUUCAUGGGCGUGGACAUGGAGAGAUUUCAGGUUCACUAUCAGGACCUGCUCCAGCUCCAGUACGAAGGCGUGGCCAUCAUGAAACUCUUCAACAAGGCCAAAGUCAACGUCAACCUCCUCAUCUUUCUUCUCAAUAAGAAGUUAUUCCUGAAAUGA